CAACACACGCAACACAACACACGCGGCAUGUGGGGCCAGCAGAAGAAGAGCGGGUGCGAUGGCCAGUGCUGCAGGCACGAGCCCGCAAACCCAAGCUUGCACCGCGCACACCAGCAGUACUCCAGUGCCACCGGCAGAGGCGCAGGAGGCGCCGGCAGCGGCACCGGGCCAGAUCCCUUUGUGCACGACAAGUCCCAGCUCCCCGGCUUGCGCGGCCUUGCGGUGCGGACGAACAUUGCCGAGUUUGAGGCCCUGCUUCGCGCAGGCCAGUUCCCCUUCACAGGCAACGUGGACGGCACGACCUUGCUGCACACGGUGGCGGAGUUUGGCAUGCUGGAGCACGUCAAGGCGCUGGUGGCCAAGGGCGCGGACGUCAACGCCAUUGACGUGCGCGGCGUGACGCCGCUGCACAUUGCCACGCAGUUCGGACAUGAGGAAGUUGUGGAGGAGCUUGUUGCCUCCGGCGCCGACAUUGCGCUGGAGAUGAAGGGCAACACGGGAAGCAGCGUCCUGUCCCAGAUGCUCGGGCUGUCGCACGCGCCGCGGGCCAUCGACGUCGCCAAAACGGUGGCACAGGACAGCAACACCGACGCAGACACACGCGCAGCAGCACUUCGCAUUCACGACAAGCUGGACCGCAUCUCCUGCUCGUCCUUGCCGGAUGGUUCUCCCUCUUCCUCCUCUUCUUCUUCGUCUCUUGCUUUCUGUAACCUCGAAGCCUGCACCAUCUCCUAGCAUGCACGUGCCAUGGGUGUGUGUGUGUGUGUGUGUG